AUGGAUGGAGAAGGAGAAGACUACGGCCUCCAAUGGGAGGAGGUUGUAAUAAAGCAUGAUCCAAGUGAAGUUGUAAAAGAAGAGGUAAUAUCUGGGCUAGACAAUGUUCAAAGUGCCAGUUCAUAUUCCAAUAUGUUUACAAUAGCAAAACAACUCUAUGCACAGACUGAAGAAGAAAUAAUUGCUAACACGGACCAAAUGGCUGCAGAGAAUUUAAUGUACCUAUCACAAGAUGUAGUUGGGGGUUACACUGAGACAGCUGAAUUAGCCGAUGAUCCAAAUGUGGAGUGUGUCACAGAAGAAGUCAUCACAGAUGAUUGGGUUAUCCCUGGAGGACAAGAAAGAGUGGAAGUCCCCAUAGAACACUUUACGCAUCCGGUUGUAGAUGUAAAAGAAGAAAAUGACCUUGAUAUUCCUUUACCGACUGAUCAAGAUGAAUACACAGCAAUGCGACCAUGGCCAUGUGACUUUUGUUCACGACGGUUUCGGAAGAAAGCUGCUCUUAUGAAUCACAUGGUCGCCCAUCAGAACGAUAGGCCCCAUGCUUGUAACCUCUGUGGAGUGCGAUACGUUCGCAAGUGUGAUCUCAUGAACCAUCUUAAAGUUCAUGCUUUUGUACCAGACCAUCCUGAUUCUAUAGACUAUGAACUUUUAGACAGUAAUCAAGUUGUAAAACCAAAGAAGAAGCGAGGUCGACGGAAAAAGAACCCUGAAUUGGCAGAGAAUGGAGUAUGGGAAAAUAUGACGUCAGCACGGACGCAGCAGUGGUCGCGACGUGCCCGCUCGCCUCCAAAGCCCCCAGCCACUUCUCCUUCACCGCCAUCCGAGCCUUCGCCACCUUCACCUCCACCGCCGCCAACGGAUCCCUCCAGACCUUUCGUCUGCAGGCAUUGUGGAAUCGGAUUUGCUAGAGAAAAAGCACUUCAAUCACAUGCUAGAGUUCACGGUGGGGACUCCCCGGUGGAAUGCGGAACAUGCGGUGAGCUAUGCUGGUCGCGCGAGGCGCUCAACACACACACGCAGCAGCGACACCCGCACUUGCCACCCAAGACUGAGUUGCAGGACCCGGACUACGACGAUUCGGACUCAGACGACGACAUGGAUUUCCGUCUAUCGCCGCUGUCGCACGGUGGGGGCGGGGGUUCAGAGCGCGCCGUGUACGACACGAUGCGAGGUCCGGAACUCUUCUGUCAAGAUUGUGGAGUCGCUUUUCAGAGGGCAGACCUACUGCGGAGACAUGUCGCGGCGGCCCAUAGCUACAAGCGACACGACAGUACGAGCACGUGGGGCGAGCACACGUGCGACACGUGCGGCGAGAGCUUCAGCGACGCGCUGCAGCUGCUGGCGCACGCCGAGGGACACGCCGAGCGGCACCGCACGCCCGCCACGCACUCCUCGCACUCGGCGCCCAGGUUAAAGAGAACGUCCAAAGGUCGAAACAAUGCGACAGUAUCGAACAGUUCAAGGCAGUUUCCCUGCAGAGUUUGUGGUAAAGUAUUUGGAUCUCGGAGCUCCCAACAAAUCCACAUACGAAUACACACGGGGGAGCGGCCGUACGCAUGUCGGUUUUGUUGGAAGGCAUUUGCAGAUGGCGGCACAUUGAGGAAACAUGAACGAAUACACACAGGUGAGAAACCAUACGCGUGUGCGGUUUGUCCGCGCGCCUUCAACCAACGCGUGGUACUACGCGAACAUGUGCGCUCACACCAUUCCGCUCCCGACCGGCGAGCUAACGGUGGUCCUGCUUAUUGUUGCGUAGUCUGCAGCCGGACGUUGCAUUCUAGUGCUGAACUCGUUCAACAUUUGAUCCAACACUGUGACGCUAACACUGCUCUCAAGAGACAACCACAGACGGGACCACGAAAAUACAAACGACGGCGGAAAUUAAAGACCGAGCAGUCCCCGCCCUCGGUCCGGGAGUGGGCACAGUCGCCCACGCCGCCGCCCGUUACGCGCUCGCCCUCCCCCGCGUCGGAGUCGGACGCGGCCGCGUCUCCUCCGUCACCGGCGUCGCCAGCCCGGCGCCGGCGCAGGCGCGCCUCCCCGCCGCCCCGGCCGCGCAUGAUCCACACGGCCGAGAGGCCGCGCGCCGAGCGGCCCCGCGCCAAGCGCGGCGAGCGAGCACGCGCUCGCCGCCGGCCGCCGCGCCACCCCGCCGAUGACCUGCGCGCCAUCCGGCCGCGCGCCGAGCCCGAGGCGGGCGGGCCCUUCAAGUGCGAGAUGUGCUCGCUGGAGUUCCCGCGCCGCGACGCGCUGCUGCUGCACGUGCCGGUGCACAUCUGA